CGCCAGCGUCAGGAGUUCAUGACGUCAGCCCUCGUAAACUGGAGGUCCACCCUUCAGUUUGUCUCCUCAGACCUCAGACACGUUAGUUUUGUUCCUCAUUUCCAUCCAGUCGAUGUUUCCCACUCGUCUCACAAUGGCCGACGUUUUUAGAGCCUCGGUGUUCGUGUUUGCGUUGGUUUUCUGCGGCGUUAUUGUGACCACAGAGGCGCAGACUCCUUCUCCAGCUCCGGCUCCUUGUGCCCUGAAAUCAAACACCAGCUGUGCUGACUGUCUGCAGAAUGUGGCAUGUUUGUGGUGCACACCAACCAAACAAUGCAUGGACUACCCAGUGGGGAACAUCCUGCCCCCCAACAGUGUGUGUCCAUUGAAUGAUGCACGGUGGGGGGUAUGUUGGGUAAACUUCCAGGUUCUGAUCAUCACCGUGUCAGUGCUGGCUGGCGUCCUCAUCAUUUCCAUCCUUUUGUGUUGCUUCUGCUGCUGCAAGUGUGAACGAGCCGGGAACAAGAGAGAGGAUGCAAAGGUAGAGCGACAAAGCCGCAUGAGGAAGGCCCGUCAGAAAGAGAGGAGAACAGAAAUGCAGCUGAGACAUGAUGAAAUCAGGCAGAAAUAUGGUCUGGCAAAGGAUAACCCAUACGCCCGUAUGGACGAUCGUUAAGAAGAAUCUCAGCCAUGAUUCCUUUAAAAAAAAAAAUCCCUUACUGAUGCCUUAUACAUUGUCCAAAUGUAGCACAUGAUAAACUGUGAUUGUCUGCUCUGAUUUCGGUGAGUUGGUGUUGUUGCCAAGAUGCUCUGAAAUCAUUUUUGACCGGAUGUGCACAACAAACAUCUUCACAUAAUGUUUCAUUUUUAUACAUGUUGCUCUCUACAGAAGCGUAUUGCAUUCACUUGUAAAAAAAAAAAA